AUGCUGUCCCGGGAUCCCGCGCCAGCGGGGGACAGGGAACCAAACGCGCGCCCCGAGUCACUCACGGACCCAUCGUACGCCGGGCAGAUCUUAGUGCUCACGUUCCCCCUGGUAGGCAACUACGGCGUCCCCGACGAGGACCCCGAGUGCGACGCGCUGGGCUUGCUGCGGCACUUCGAGAGCAACAAGAUACACAUCAAGGCCCUGGUGAUCUCGGACUACUCCUUCGUGGCAUCGCACUACACCUCGAGGAAAACAUUGGGGCAGUGGCUUGAGGAGCACAAGAUUCCUGGUAUCUACGGGGUGGACACCCGUGCGCUGACCAAGCUCAUCCGCAUGCACGGCGCUUUGCUGGGCAAGGUCGUCGUGGAGGGCGGCGCGCAGUCGGCCUCCAUGGAGUUCGCGGACCCCAACGAGACGAACCUGGCGGCCUCCGUUUCGCGCACCCAGAAGCAGGUCUUCCUGCCCCCGCCGCUGCCGCCCGCGGUCGAGGAUGGCGCCGCGGCGCCGACGCCCGCCGAGGAUGAGCAGGUGAAGCUGCCAGCCAAGGCGUACGAUCAGCUGCACACUGUCAAGGGUGAGGCCGGGUUAGAAGGCCCCAAGGCUGAUCUCAAUCUCGACCAGGGCAUCGCUAGGGAGCCGACGCAGACCGCCGACACUGCUGCAGGUGAUGUCCUUGCUGUUGUCAGCAUUUCGGUUUUUGUUUCCACUCCGCAGCGAGAUGCGCAGUCUUUUUUUCAGGACACCUUGGCCGCCCAGGCCAGCGAGAUUGAAACUCCAAGGAGAUCCUCCCCCAGCUGA